AUGACUUUGCAACAUGGUUUGCAGCAGCACACAGUUUUAGUUACACAACAUUUUGGACCGCAGCAGCAACAAUCACAACAGCAAGGAUCACAACAAGAGCAACAGCAUGGAUCACAGCAUGAACCACAACCGCAACCACAACCACAUCCACAACCGCAUCCACAUCCACAACCGCAACCACAUCCACAUCCACAACCACAGCCUGGCAUAUUAAUAGUAAUAAUGUAG